AUGUCACCAUACGCCUUUGAGACAGCCCUGCUUGAAGCCAUUCUGGAAGGCGGCACGAUGCAAAACAAGUCUCUUCCUAAUCGUACGACACCCGGCCAGUUCCACGACAUAUCGGACCUUCUCCUCUCCUUGAUCCCUUCCGAUACUCGUGGUCUGUUCUCCGUGCAUCCAGUUGAAGCAGGCAGCAUUUCCUUCCUGUGA